AGGGGAAGUUUCUAGUGUGUUUAUGGGCAAAGAAGGGAAGAUGAUAGGUUUAGUAAUACUGUUAAAGUGAAGAAGAAGAAGUUGAGUUGAAGAAGACGAGGAAGCCUAUGAAGAAGUCUUUUACUAGUGGUGAGAAUGACAGCAUUGAGAGUGAGGCUUUACAUAUAAUUGAUAGGGCUGCAUUUAAACCAUUGGAACAACUGGAUGAUGUUUAUGAUAAGCCAAGAAUUACAAGGGUGGAUAUGGAAGAGAGGAUUCAACUAGCUAAAUGUCUCAAUGGUGCAGAUAUUGACAUGCCUGAGUGGAUGUUUUCUAAAAUGAUGCGAAGUGCCAAGAUUAGAUUCUCAGAUCAUUCAGUGCUGAGGAUCAUCCAGAUAUUGGGUAAGCUGGGAAACUGGAGGCGUGUGCUUCAAGUCAUUGAGUGGAUUCAGUUGCGCGAGCGCUUCAAAUCGCAUAAGCUAAGAUUCAUUUACACAACUGCACUUAAUGUGCUUGGAAAGUCGAGGAGGCCUGUGGAGGCACUCAACUUGUUUCAGUCUAUGCAGCAACAAAUGUGCACAUAUCCAGAUCUUGUAGCUUAUCGUUGUAUUGCUGUCACUCUUGGACAAGCAGGACACAUGAAGGAACUUUUUCAUGUAAUAGAUUGCAUGAGGUCUCUUCCGAAAAAGAAGUUCAAGACCGGUUUUCUUCAAAAAUGGGAUCCUCGAUUGGAGCCAGAUGUUGUUGUCUACAAUGCAGUUCUAAAUGCUUGUGUGAAGCGCAAAAAUUGGGAAGGUGCAUUCUGGGUGUUGCAGCAGCUAAAGCAACAAGGCCAGCCUCCCUCGAGCACGACAUAUGGUCUAGUCAUGGAGGUGAUGCUUGCAUGCGGAAAGUACAACUUGGUUCAUGAUUUUUUCAGGAAAAUGCAAAAAACAUGUAUUCCAAAUUCCUUAACUUACAAAGUUCUUCUGAACACUUUGUGGAGGGAAGGUAAAAUUGACGAAGCAAUAUUAGCUAUUGAAGAAAUGGAAAGGCGAGGAAUUAUUGGUACCGCCAGUUUGUACUAUGACCUGGCUCGUUGCCUUUGUAGUGCCCAAAGGUGUCAAGAGGCACUAAUGCAAAUCGACAAAUUAUGCAGAGUUGCAAAUAAGCCUUUGGUGGUGACGUUUACUGGAUUGAUUCAAGCAUGUGUUGAUUCUGGUGAUGCUAAAAAUGGAGCAUAUAUCUUUGAACAUAUGCAGAAAUUCUGUUCUCCAAACUUGGUUACCUAUAAUAUAAUGCUGAAGGCCUUCCUGAAUCAAGGGAUGUUUGAAGAAGCAAAGCAGUUGUUUCUGAGAUUACUAGAAAACAGCCACAAUAUAAAUAGUAAAUCAGACUACAAAGAAAAGGUUACACCAGAUCUUUACACAUUUAACACGAUGCUGGAGGGAUGUGCUGCAGAAGAGAAGUGGGACGAUCUUGAGUGGGUAUAUGUAGAGAUGUUAAAAUCUGGUUACCACUUCAAUUCAAAACGUCAUCUUCAAAUAAUAUUGGAUGCCAGCAGUGCUGGAAAGGGAGAACUCUUGGAGAUGGUCUGGAUGCAUUUGGUUCAGGGAGAUCAGAUUCCGCCAUUCCUGCUGAUUAGCCAAAUGUUUCGCAUAAAACUGGAGCAACGUAACUUCACUGCGGCUCUCUCUUGCUUUGCUUGCCAUCCUUCUAUUAACUCGCAGGCAUUUUCCACCAAGUGGUGGUUAAAGUUCUUCGCGGACAACGUUCAUAGCUUGGAGAAGGAUACGUUUGUCAAGCUGAUGCACUCUGCGAAUUCAUUGGUUGCCAGAACCGAUGCCCAAAAUCUCAUACUCCAAAAUCUAAAGCUAUCCUGUAUGGAAUUUUUAAGCCAGCAGAUGGCAUCUAAUGAACUUAGUUUAACAGAAGUAGCUGAUAGAACUCAUUGCACAAGCACAACAGCUUUUGUAUAUUAACUAACAUCUAUAUCUAUAGUGCAUGUUAUCUCGUCAGUGUAAAUGUAAAGCAAGAGGAAGGCUAAAUUUGAACUCAAUGUUUCUAAUUUUUUAUAUUUCAAUCUUGAUUAUCACACCAAGGCCUCCUUGGCCUUCUUUUA